AUGUUCAUACCACAAAUGAUAUUCUUGGCUAGCAUAUUUAUGUAUCUGUGUCUGGAGAUCGUUGUCAAAUGGAUUUACUUUACUGCGGGGCCGCAAGAAUCUAUCCUUGGCUAUAAGUAUCCUGGUUCGAAUUGUGCACCAUCGCUGCUAAUCGGCCUUAUCAACAUGUUUAUGUUCAAAUCACUACCCUCUGGUUUCGUAGACGAAGAAGGACAUCAGAAGUUCCAGUGUCAUCUCAACUACUGGUACCCUGGACAGGGAUUUUUCCAAACACUUUUCGUAUUGGUGGCGAUCAUCUGCGUUCCGAUUAUGCUGUUUGCGAAGCCGUAUAUGCUAUGGAAAGCAGAUAAAGAACGUCGCGAGUCUGGUCACAGACAGCUGGGUAUCGUCGAGCGGGUGCUGCUGGUGUUAGCGGUGGUGCAGGUUCCACUGAUGCUUUUCGUCAAGCCUUUGAUUCUGCGUUACCGUAGUCGAGUGACCGAUGCUCGCUAUUACACACUGCGCGAUGAGAGCGUGAGAGCUGAUAUGAAUGGAGACGAUGCAGAGGUGGUUCAUACAGAGCCGAAGACAACUUCCUCCGUAGGAAGUGGCGUUAGUGAUCACGGACAUGGUGGAUCAGGACCGGUGAGGAAUCUUGUGGAGAUAGAUUCAGUGGAGUUUGACUUUGGUGAGGUGAUGGUAUAUCAGGCGAUUCAUACAAUUGAAUUUGUUCUUGGAUGUGUUUCCCACACGGCAUCAUAUCUUCGACUCUGGGCUCUUUCUCUGGCUCAUGCUCAGCUAUCGGAUGUCUUAUGGACAAUGGUGUUCCGUCAUGCCUUCCGCCUUGACGGCUACUAUGGAGCGGUGGCAACCUACGUGCUUUUCUUCGUUUUCGGCUCCUUGUCGAUAUUCAUUCUAGUACUGAUGGAAGGCUUGUCAGCGUUUCUGCACGCACUUCGUCUUCACUGGGUGGAGUUCCAGUCGAAAUUCUAUGGAGGAUUGGGUCAUGCGUUCACUCCAUUCUCCUUUGAGAAAAUCCUUGAGGAGGAAAGAGAAGCUGAAGAAACUCUGUAG